AUGACCAUCUCCACCAUGGCGGACCCUCUCACUGUCCUGCCUCCAGAGAUCAUUCUACAAAUAUUGCACUUCACCCCCGUCUCCGCCCUUGCGUCCCUGACCGCCGCCUCAAAGGCUUGGCAUCAAUUUAUCGACGUCACUCAUCAAGAUAUCAUUUAUACAUCCGAAGCGAAAACCGCCCAACCAUGUGGAGGUAGUCGCGAUUUCUCCUUCCUCUCCGAUACCCACAGCUUUGCCAAAUUUUUCGAGGGCACGCAGUCAUGGAAAGAUCUGUGCAAGCGCCAGACACUGUUGGCCCGAAAUUGGGCCGAGCCUCAUCCAGUCAGCCAAGAAUCGGUGCUACAAAUCGGCAACGAUCCUGUUUGGCGAUUCCGUGCCGACUUCAAGCGCCGGUUUUUCAUCUCUACUUCCCAUGCUGGCGGGUUGAACGUCACUGAUAUGGACACGGGCCGUAUCCUCUGGCAACUCCCUUCGGUGCUGGACACCGACGGCGAUGGAGUUCGUCCACACGCACAUUUGGAAUAUCAGGACGGAAUGGCCGUGUUUGACAGUGAAGGAGAUUCGCUCGAGGUUUGGCAGGCAGACCAUGAAGGUGCGAAGCGUGGAGAGUUCCGGCGCAUCGCUACCUUGGCGCAUGAUUGCCAGACCAGAGGCUUCCAAUUGUCCUACUGGACUCUCUGUGUUGUUUCCAACGAGGGCCAGGGCUUUGUAUAUGAUAUGACACAGCGACCUCCUACAUUGACCAUACACUUGAAGAUUGAGGGGGGUGGCAUUGGCCAUCUGGACCAAAGCGCAGACAUCGUGAUAUAUUCGAUGGGAGCCAAAGGAUAUUUUGCUUAUAACAAGGAAUCUGGUGCGUUCUUAGGCACGCUGAAGCCGCCAAAGUCCACAGAAAAAUAUCACAUCCUUCCUCCCGAAGCCGCCUCCGCUUCUGCACUAGGAGGCGCUGCGCGGCAUGGUCCAACACCUCAACCCCUCCCACCUGGUGCUUUCCGAAAAGAUUGUUUGGUACCAAUUGAGAUUUCCAAGGGUCCACUGCCACCACCAGAUGACCCAGGUCACGUUCGGCAUGGGGAGGACGAAUGGGGAGCAGGGAUGUUACACGGCGAUCUCUUCGUGGGCUUCUCUCGCGCUGGCCGUGUCUUUAUAUGCUCCGACUUCCGUAAGGCUCUCCGUGACGAAGCAAGUCUUGUGGCGAACAGCUCCAUAUUGGAAUGCGAAUCAGACGGGUCAAGCUUUGACCUUGGUGGCUGGCUAUCAAUCCGCAACCACCGUGUGAUGUUCGAAAUUCAAGAUCGGAUCUAUGUCGUCGCCCUUGAUGACAACAAUAGGGUUCAAAAUGUGGAAAACCCUACCCGUGCUUCGUACUCUCUGCUCACCAGCUCUGCGCCACAGCUUGCUGUGCCGAUCAGUUACAUGGCGCUGGCUGAUGAUGCAAUUAUGACCACUUACACCACCCUCGGCUGGCGUGAUUCCAAUAUUCCAGGUGGUGCACCUCCACCACAAGGCAGAGAUCUUCCUCGCGUAUUUCCCACAAAAGUCAUCCGCAUACUUAGCCUGGCCCCUGACCUAUCUAACAAAUCUUCUUCUGCCUCCGGCGACACGGAUGAUACUUUAGCAGCGGGUAGCGGUGGCCUUGGUGUCCCUGGACUAAACUUGCCAUCCGAAGACGCAUGGCGCACACAGGCCGGGUUGCUACAGUUGCUUAGUAUGCUUGGCGAAGAGGCGGAUUUCGAACAGAGCGAUGGUGAAGAUGAAUGGGAGAGUAUUGACGAGGACGAGGAAGAGGAGGAAUAG